AUGGCUUUCCCUUCGGCGGCGGAUCUGGAUUCCUUCAAGUACUGCGAGUUACAGAGCUUAGCCAAGAACAUUGGCCUCCGAGCCAACCUCCGGGGAGACAGACUUCUGAAGUCAUUGAAAGAAUACUUUCAAGAUGAACUCAAGAAAGAAAAUGAAACUCAGGAUCAAAGUGAUCAUCCUGAGUCUCACAGACAGAAGAAAUGUCAAAAGGAGAAUCUCUUAGCUGUCGAAGAGGCAACUGAGCCAUCCGAAGACAACCAGAAUAAACCAGUUUGCUCUGAAGGAAACAAAAUGGAAGGUGAUACUCUUUUAAAUAUCUCUUCAGGAGGAAAGAGGCCUCGUAGUAGGGAUGAUUCGUCCAAAUCUAAAAAAAGGAAAAUGAUAUUUACAACACCAAAUUUUAAGAAGAUUCAUGAGGCUCAUUUUAAGGAAAUGGAAUCUAUUGACAAGUAUAUUGACCGAAAAAAGAAACGUAUAGAAGUCCUUAACAACUCAGUGAAGGAACUAAAGAUGUUAGCUAAAAAAGCUAACCUGACAGGAACUUCCAAUAAUUCCAAGGUAUUAAGCCCAUUUCCUAAGAGAGGCAGGCCCUCUUCUACCUUCACACCUUGUCCAUCUAUCCUUUCAACUAACAAAAUGAAUGUCAGGUUCACUGAGGCUACUCAAGAUAAUGAACAUAAACGCUCCCUGACCAAGACCCCUGCCAGAAAGUCUCCCUACAUGGGUAUGCUGGACACCCAGCCUAAAUGCCAGACUGGUCUCGGGAAGAACAAGGAAAAGGAAGCCAGCCAAGCGAAGGGUGAACACACUCCAGCAGUUACUCCAUUCAAGUUUACAGCUGAGGCAACCCAGGCUCCAGUCAGUAAUAAGAAACCAAUAUUUGAUCUCAAAGCAAGUCUUUCUCGUCCUCUUAGCUAUGAGCCACACAAAGGGAGGCUAAAACCAUGGGGGGAAGCAAAAGAAAAUAUUUCUCUGAAAGAGACAGCAAAAAGAAUUGAGUUCCAUAAAAAAACUUAUAAACAGCCACAUCUCCAGACCAGAGAAGAUCAACGGAGGAAACAUGAGCAGAAAAGGAAAGAGAAGAAAGAUUGCAUACUUGGAACUCGAAGAGGCCUAGUCAUGCUUGAAGACUAA